AUGUGGGAUCGCUUACAGCGAUACAAACGUAAUGUGGAGCUUGGACGACUCGAUCCAAAUCCAGAACGGGACGAGUCUUUUCGCAACGAAGAACCGGAAAAAGCCUCACUUGUUUUGCGCUUCUCGCUCAAAGAAGAGGCGCUCGGCAACUCUCAGGUUGAGAUGCUUGCCCGACAAUUGCCCGCAGUCUUCAAGGAGGCCGGGGUUCUUGUGCGGCGAAUGGAGUACGUGGAGCUUGAGCGACGAGACGAUGCAGCGAAGGCUUUCCGCGCCGAACCUGGAAGACGCGACAAGAUGGGUCAUGGCGAGCAUGAGAAACAGUCUGCGACACCUGAGCCAAGGAAGCGCAAAAGCUCGUACUCAGACACGCUUCUGGCACCUAAGAGAAAUGCGAGAGAGAGCUCGCUCACAUCAGAGGAAGCCACCGAUUCAGGCUUGUGCACGCCGCCGAAGAGAUAUACAAAGCCGGGGUCUGAGGCUCAUAAGUGCUGA